UGAACUAAAAAUGUCUGAAAAUAGAAAAAAACUCACCGAUAAGGAGCUAGAGUAUUAUGCAAACCACUUAUCAGAAAUAAGUGAUGGAUCAGUGGAUUUCGAUUCCGAUGAUAGCAUUGCCGAUCCAGACUUUUGCAGCGGCAGUGAAAUUUCGAGUGAGCAGUCUGAGAGUGAUCAGGAGAUUGACUCAGAUAGUGAUGAUAGGUUCACAGGAACCCAAGGAACAUUAAUUCCAAUUGAAGGCAAAGAUGUACGAGAUAUAUAUAGGUUAUUUCUGACAGAUGAAAUAAUACAACUUAUGGUCCAGCAAACCAAUGUGCGUGCACGUGAAAUAAUAGCAAAUAAGAAACCACGAACAUCUUCCCGCUUUUCCAGAUGGCAUGACACCAAUGAAGAUGAAAUGGAAUUGUUUAUUGGAGUCAUCAUGCUAAUGGGAGUUAUCAAUUUUCCAACCAUUGAGAGCUACUGGAAAAAAGAUCCAAUUUAUUACCACGAAAUAUUUCACAAAAUACCAAUCAGCUACAAUCGAUUUACACUACUUCUCAAAUGCUGGCAUUUUCAGGACAAUACACUUCCGUCCACCAGUAGGCUGGAUAAAAUAAAUCCAAUAUUGAGCAUCAUUCAAAACAACAUAAAAACUGUUUAUUGUCCUGGUGAUACUGUGGUGGUAGACGAAACAAUGGUGCCUUUUCGCGGACGUCUAAAAUUCAGACAAUAUAAUCCUUCCAAAGCUCGCUGCUCUUAUGGAAUCAAGUUGUACAAGGUAUGUACUCCAAAUGGCUAUACCUGGCAUCUAAAAAUAUAUGACGGUGUAUCAACCGCCAUUGAUGGGCUUGAUUUACCAGGAAGCACUGUAGUGAAUUAG